UCUGCCGUCACACUUGAUCGAUGACAGUUUGGCGAACGCUGUAGUCUUUUGUCUGCCAGGUUUUCUAUUCCGUGUGUCGUGUAUUCGUCGCCAUUUUCGAGGCAGCGACGUAAAACGCUUUAAAAACUCCUAAAACGCAAAAUUUUUCCAUUUUUUGUUUUGCUGGGCUUGUGUUACACUCUCAGGCAGCGGUUUGCCGCUAGAAAAACCUCAACAAGCGCUGCACUCGCCAGAAACUUCCCUCAAAAACUUUUUUCUCGUCACUAACCUCUCUCAAAUCCUCGUCGAUUGAAACGAUAAAAUUGAAAGAUUUUAUCUUCGUGUGUGUGAAUAGAAAUCAUGGCCAAUUAAAAGAUGUCUCAAUUCAAAGUAUCGUUAGCGAAAACUCCAUGUGGAGGAAAAAUCCACCAACGUCAAGGCGCCGCAGUUUUAUCUAACGUCGUACCUAAGUUCAGCAAUCUUUCUGACCUUUCUUCAGCCUCUAUCAUUAGUUUAAGUUAUGGACAAGAAAUCGAAUCACUAUUCACGUCAAGGGUCGAACAAGACCCAGCAGUCGUCUGAGGUAUCGCGCAAGUCUUCAGAAUUUCAUGAAAACGUUUGCGUUCCAGAUCUUUGUAGUAGCAAGCAGUGGCCUCGUAAUGCUCGACGUCGAGAAAAUCCUAAUCAGUCAAAUUCAAAACAAGAUCCAGCUCGCAGUGGAAAAGGUCAACCGGCCAAGAAUCGCCCGAAUGUGGACAAACGUCCGAAGCCUCGGGGCUUCGGGAACUCCUCCAAUGAUUCGUCCACGUCACUUAGACUGUCUGCUAGCAGCCCCGGACUAGCAUUGGAAGGAGCCGCGUCCACCGAGGACGGCGGCGCUACAUUAGGUGAUGAUCUACUCGAAGCUGAAUUGAAUUCGAUUUAUUUGCCGGGAAGCAAAAAGCAGAAUCUGAAUCAUCUGCUCAAUUUCCACUACGUCUCCCGCGACUGUGACAAUGCGUCCGGAGGGAAAUUCAAUGUUUUCAACGGUAAUCGCACCAAUAAUCGUGGAGGCGUUACGAGACGUCACAAGUACAAUAAGGAGCAGUUUUUGCAGGCUAAUUUUCAAUUCGUUCUAAAAUCUGAGGAAAACAUUCAACAAAACAUCGCUUCUCCCGAUACACUAGUCGAUUGGAAUUUAAUCGAACAGAUCAACAUUCAAACCACCGAAGAACCGCAAUGUCCCAUUUGCUUAUAUCCACCAAUCGCUGCAAAAUUGACCCGAUGUGGCCAUGCCUACUGUUGGCCUUGUAUUCUGCACUAUUUAGCUUUGUCCGAUAAAACCUGGCGCAAAUGUCCCAUCUGUUAUGAUGCUGUUCACAUUGGGGACCUAAAGAGCACAUCCAUCGUGCAAUUGCAAAAUUGGAAAGUUGGUGACACCAUUUCAAUGCAAUUGAUGCGGAGACCCAAGGCUUCAAUGUUUAUUGAGCAAGUGGAUGGCGUUGAAGUGUGCUGCGAAAGUAUUCCACACUUACGCGACAACUAUGCAAUGAGAAAGUUUGCGAAAUUCCUAUUGGCAGAUUCUGAUGAAAUACAAUCAAUCAUAGAACGCGAGAAACAAGAGUUGUUGUUGGCUCAUGAUGUUGACACGCCAGAAUCUGUUUUUGUUCAACAGGCUUUAGAUUUGUUGGAGGAGAGAAAAGGCAAGAUUGUUGUAACAAAUGAGGGAUUGCGAGAAAGUACAAAAUCGCAACCUGUUGCUUCAGAAAUGGUGGAUGAAGAAGUAAUCGAAGUAGGUGAACAACUAACCGAAAUGUCUUUAAUGGAACAGCGGUCUACCGACAGCUCAGACCUUGGAGACGUCUCAGUAAAGAAUUCUACGAAUGGGGACUCAAAAUACCACUACUUCUACCAGUCAAGCGAUGGCCAGAAUAUUUACUUACAUGCUAUGAAUGUGCGGAUUUUGCAAGCUAUGUAUGGGUCUUUCGACAAGUGCCCGACCAUAAUUGAGGGAAAAAUAUUGGAAAAACAUUCGCAUUCAAUGGAUCAAGAAUUCAGGAAAAAGUUGCGUUAUCUCCAACAUCUUCCACUUACUUGUCAAUUUGAAGUUGUUGAAUUGCAAUUCGAACCGCCGACAGUAUCACCUGAGGUUCUCGAACGCUUUAAAGAUGAAAUUGAUCUUCGUCGGAGGACAAGGAAACGACGGGCUCAAGAAGAACGUAGGCGGGAACGUCAAAUAAAUGAAAUCAAUGAACGCCAGAUGGGGAAGAUAAUAUCGCGUUCGGCAAACAUUGACAUUAACUCGUCUCAACAAUUUCCGUCGUGUGGAUUCGAUGACUCUCCAACAGGCAUUUCCAUCGGUGAUUUCCCUCAAUCUUUGGGUAGCGAUUUGUCAACUUCUCCGCUGUCAGUCAGGAGAUCGGGAAAUUCGACAUCAUUUGCCGAAAUGCUUUCGUCCCCAAAGCGAGAACUUUGGCCAUCUCUAGGUCCUUCAGGGGGAGGAGAUCAAAUUUCAACGGCUGGUGCUUGGGGAAAACCAGCAGCAUCUUCAUCUGCCAUUAAAGCGUCGGCUUCGAGCCGACAAAUCAAUCGCAUCCUGGAAACUGAUAGCCUUGAAGAAUUGGACGUAAGUACUCUUCAGCACAGCUUGGGAGACGUAAUUAUUGAAGCACUGCAGCAAAAGCAAACGGACCCAAUAAAAACUAAUGCUGGUUCAGCGGCAAAUGCUGGCGGUAAGAAGAACAAGAAAAACAAGAAAAUGUUAUUGUUCUCGACCGGCAUAAAUCAUAAGGGAAAUUAAUUUAUGUCAGGGACAACCUUUUAUCGGUGUAUUGUUUUAAUGUUCGACAACUCACACUUUUCUGAAUUUGUUUUAAUCAUUUUCUACUUUUCUUUUGUAGUAACAUAUCCCAGAUACAAAUUUUCAGUUAUUUUGGAAUAUUAGAUAAUGAAACAUAAAAAAAGCUAAAAACGUUGAACUUUCGCUUUAUGACGUUUUUUUUUUUUAAAUGGAUAACUAGAAAACAUAACAUAGAAAAAUUGUAAACAAUAUUGGAGAUUUUGUUGAUGGAUAACUUCGUAAAACGGAGGAACAAAAUAGAGCCUGAUCUUAAAAAGAACGAAAUUGCGAAACAAAAAUCUAAGCAAAAAAUAAAGCAUUAGCAAAAAAGAAA